AUGUCUCGACCAUGGAUAUUAUUUAUCGCAAUCAUCUUAUUCAGCCCUACUACCGUUGGUAUAGUAAAUCAAUAUAUAACUCAUUAUGAUUUGACGAAAGAUGGGAAAGUUGACAGACGAGAACUGAGGACAGUAGCAUAUAUGGACCACAAGCUUCCACCGACAAUCAGCGAUGAUAUAUUCCGAAAAGCGGAUCGAAAUGGCGAUAAGUUCAUUGAUCACACCGAAAUUAUUGCAGCCGCUAGAUUAGUUCAAAGACACGUUGCACUAGCCACUUUACGUUGGCUAGAGGAUCACGAUACAGAUGGUGAUGGUCUACUGAGCGAAGUGGAACUAUUCGAAUCUAUUUACAUGGAGCUUGGUUUGUCAAUAAAAGAUGUAAAAAGUUGUUUUCGGGAAAGUGAUGUCAAUAAUGAUAAAUAUUUGACAUCCAGUGAAUUGGUUGAAACACUUCACUGUAGUAGAUUAUUAGCGCAGAAAGAAGCAAAAGAAUUGCUGAAGAUCUAUGACACUGAUGGAGACCAUCGACUGAAUAUUCGAGAAGCGCAGAUGUUGGCCGACUUACGUUACGAUAUUGAACCCGGCUAUGCAACAACUGUUUUUGAGAAUGUCAGCCAUCGAACUGAUCACACGAUAAAUGAAUUAGAAUUAAUCGAUUUUCUCACUAAAUUACGAGAACAAGCUGCUGUUGCUGCGUUGAACAAACUAUCUAGUAUCGACCAGAAUGGUGAUGAAGCAAUAUCGUUCAGUGAAUUAUUGCAAGGAUAUGAGAAGCAAUUAAAAAAAUCUACUUUAAAAAAGAUUUUCGGCAAAGUGGACGUCAAUAAGAAUGCUCACAUCGAUCCAAUCGAAUUUGUAUCGUUGCAAAACUUAAUUGCUGAUGAAAUUCGUCUUCAAACGAUACAAAAUAAUUUUGAACAACAAUAUUCUACAACUGUAAAUGCCACAACAUCUCUUCCAACUUUGAUCAUUUUCAGGCUGCCUAAAAAAACGUAUAAUCAGCAACCAACCAGGCAAAGAAAACGCCGUUCAGAUCAGGAAUCCGACAAGAAGCUAAUGGUUAGCGAUCAGUCACAUCCAAGUAUCAAAGAACUUACUGCAAUUAACGCAAGUAGUAUUUAUUUCAGUACAAUAGUUACCUCAGUACCGAAAUUUAUAAAAUCCAAAAAAGAAUAUCAAAAAUUUCCUUCCAGUGGAGCCAAAUCGAUUUCCGAAAUGUUUUCUAAUAGCAAAAGACCAGAAUACAGAGAUGUGAUUAAAACCGAUAACAUCAAAAAAAGUAAAGAAUAUUCGGUUUCUGUUGAGAAUACCUCACCGCUUAUACGAACAAUGGUGCAGAGAGAUCGUAAAUUUACAUCAGCUAAAAAUGAAGAUCAACUGAAAGCCAAUUCAAUCAGAAUCGAUGAGAAUGGUGUUCGAAAUGAGAAUAAAGUAUUUAUUAACAGUCCAAAUGUUGCCUAUAUCAAAAAAUUUGAGAAAUUUUUUAAUUUCCUGCAAAAUAGCAUCAAAAAGAUAUCCAAAGCAGUUAAAAAAAACAAUGAAAAACAAAAAGAAGAUUUGAAAAGUCCUCUUAGAGGCAUCAAUAUUACUAAGCAUUGGAGUCAGACUGCGGACAACACCUCAAAUACUGAAGCAAAUGAGACCAAAAAAAUAGCAAAUGUUCCCGAAAAUUCGAUUUCGACUCUGACAACUACUACAAAGUUGAAAAUUCAGAGAGAUCUGGACGAUGCUAUUUACGGAAAGAUCAGAAAUGAAAAAGAUUUUGUCGUUCAUACGCCUAUUGACUCUUCAAAAUAUAAAAUAGCAGCAGCAAAAAAAUUUAGUGGAUUGUUUGAUGCACCCUUUUUGCAAUUUGACGAAAAAGGAACUGGAAAAAAGGUAAAAAUGAUAAAUUAUCAAAGUAACGGUUCACUUGAUAGACGCAAUUUUCACAAUGCAGUAGAAAAGAAACAAAAGCUGGAAGAUAUGGAUGAAGAUGGCUGCUUAUUAAACAAUCAGACGGAUUCUUUUGAUUCGGAGGAUUCUUCGGAACACUCGGUGAAACGACUUAAGUGCAAUAUACAAGCACAAACAUCAAAUGGAACUAGUAGUACUACACCGCUUCAGAAAGUUAAAAGAGCAAAAUUAUCUCCCGAAUCUAAGGAGGAAUCCAGAAAUCAAAAGAAACAAGACAAACCUUCGAAUAUAACUGAUUCAUUGGAAUAUGAAAUAAUAACUGUCAGCCAUAAGGUAUCUGUCGAUGAUGAAUCUGUUAAAGUUAUUCCUGAUUCUGAAGACGAUGAAGAAUUUAAUGAAGGAAUCUCUGCAAAACGCAUAAAUUCCAAUCAGUCAAAGCACGAAUUCACAAACAAACAUGAUAAAUUCACUUUUCAACCUCUUCACUCUCAAUUGACGGAGAAUCAUAAGAAACAAAUUCAUUAUGGAUCAGAUUUUACAGGGCUUGAAAAAAUCACUGCCAAAACAAAAAGGAAAAAGUUAUCAUCAAACAAAGCAGAGUACCUGGAAGGAAACAAGUCAGUGAAUGAGUUCAGGCUGAUAGGUAACGAGUCUAAUGAGUAUAAAAUUCUGGAAGCGAAUUCAAUGUUUUCCAUAGAAGAAAAUGUCACUAACAAACACGACCAAGAGGUAUAUUCACGGUCACAAAUAACUGAUUUCCAGCUCACAAAAUCACAAAACUCGUCUUCCGAACAAGAGCAAUUGCAAGUUAUAAAUACCAAAUAUGAAACAAAUAAUAGUAAGGAAAAUGAAUUUUUUGAUAAAGUUUUAAGUGGUAUGUUGAAUGCAACGUUUUCGGCAAUGGAUCAAACAUUUAAAGCUAUGAAGUCCGAAAAUCAGGGGAAAAAAGAUUUUCAAAAAAUCACGAAAUCCUUACUCAAAUUAAAAAAAAACGAUACGACUUCGCAAAUCUCACAAACUUCUGUAACCUCAUCUACAGCUCCGAAAAUACCUGUAACUUUACCAUCAUCUCCGAAAACAUCCACUUCAGCAACAAUAAAUUCUAAUUUCUCAACACAUACAACAAUAAUGGAAUCAAACUCAAAAAGAGCUGUUGAAAUUGAGUCUGACAAAAUAAAUCAAACAUCCACAGCGAUGGGUAUGAUGGCACACCCUGCAGCAGAUUCGAAGGAUAAUAAAGAUACACAUGAAUCAAGUGUUGCAAACACAGGAACUGUAAAAGAUUUUGCUGAAUUUAUUCCUAAUAUGGAAAGAAAUGGGAAAAGUGAAGCUGGAGAACAACAUAUUGAGGAAGUUCGACUGCUUCAGCAGAAGCGCAAAAAGUGCUCACAUUAUCGCCAUGGCUCUCAAAGGAAAUGUCCUAAUAUGGAUAAUAUCUCAGCUGAAGAUAAGGCUGCAAAAAUAAAUACAACGCAAGUUUUAAUUUUGAGUCAUUCAAAAGAAACUUCAGAAAAUAUCGAUUUUCCCACGCAAGAUUUCUCUCAGAAAAAUAAGACAGUGAGAGAUUGGCGAAGGGAAAAGACUGAAGAUUUGUUGCUUCGAGCAGUACAGGAGUAUCAAGCAUCUCUCAGAAAUCAGGAAAAAGGAAUGGAAAAUUAA